CGUCUUUGAAGGCACAUUCUGUGACUCCUCAACAUAUCCUCGCCUGAGACAACAACCCAGACCCUGAUCAGGACCAGGACCAAAUGGCUGCUUCUCAGGGACCAUUGACAUUCAGGGAUGUGGCCAUAGAUUUCUCUCAGGAGGAGUGGGAAUGCCUGGACCCAGCUCAGCGGAAAUUGUACCUGGAGGUGAUGUUGGAGAACUACAGCAACCUGGCCUCCCUGGCUAUGUCAUCUGAAGAUGACAAGGCCUUUAUGCCAAAUACCGGAAUACCAAAUUUAUUCUCUGAAAUAAUACUGAGUACAUAUUAUGGAGACAGCAGAUAUCAAUGGAAUAAACAUUGGAAAAACUUUAAGCAAGAGUCAUAUCUUAAUCAUCGGACAAUCGAGCUUGCAGAGAACCAUUAUAAAAUUAGAAAAGUCUUUGACCAAAUGUCCAAUCACAAUAUAUGUCAGGUUAUUCCUAUUGUGAAGAAGACACACAAUGGAAAUAAAUGUGUCCAGUCUUUUCAGCAAUCAUUAAAUUACACUGAACAAGAGAAUAUUCAUACUGGGGAAGAGGCUUAUAAAUGGAAUUUGUGUGGGAGAGUCUUCAGUCAAAUAUUCAAUGUAAAUAGACUGAAAAAAAUCUACAGUCGAGAAAAACCUUAUACAUGUAAAGAUUUUGGUAAAACAUCUCAUUGGCCUUCAGAUUGUACUUUAAAUCAGAGAAUUUAUACUGGAGAGAAACCUUAUAAAUGUAUAGAAUGUGGCAAAGCCUUUACCAGAUCCUCAAACCUUACAAUGCAUCAGAGAGUUCAUACUGGAGAGAAACCUUAUAAAUGUAUAGAAUGUGGCAAGUCCUUUGGCGGCUCCUCAAACCUUACUAAGCAUAAGCGAGUUCAUAUUGGAGAGAAGCCUUAUAAAUGUACAGAAUGUGACAAAUCCUUUGUCUGCUCUGCAGAACUUACUAAGCAUCAGAGGGUUCACACUGGAGAGAAGCCUUAUCAAUGUAGAGAAUGUGGCAAAUCCUUUGGGAGAGCCUCAAACCUUACAAAGCACCAGAGAAUUCACACUGGAGAGAAGCCUUAUAAAUGUAUAGAAUGUGGCAAAGCCUUUACCAGAUCUGAAACCCUUGCUUAUCAUCAGAGAGUUCACACUGGAGAGAAGCCUUAUAAAUGUAUAGAAUGUGGCAAGUCCUUUGGCAGCUCCUCAAACCUUACUACGCAUCAGAGAGUUCAUACUGGAGAGAAGCCUUAUAAAUGUACAGAAUGUGGCAAAUCCUUUGUCAGCUCCUCAGAACUUACUAAGCAUCAGAGGGUUCACACUGGAGAGAAGCCUUAUAAAUGUAGAGAAUGUGGCAAAUCCUUUGGGAGAGCCUCAAACCUUACAAUGCAUCAGAAAGUUCAUACUGGAGAGAAGCCUUAUAAAUGUAAAGAAUGUGGCAAAUCCUUUGGCAGAUCCUCAAACCUUACUAAGCAUCAUAGAGUUCAUACUGGAGAGACAUCUUACAGAUGUGUGUAGUGUUGUAAGUCCUUGAACAGCAGUGAAAAUUUACUGAAUAUCACAGAAUUCAUACUGGAAAGAAGACUUAUGAAUGGGAAAAAUGUAAAAAACUUUUAAAAGCCAUUCACAUAUUACUGUACCUUAGAGACUUCCGAACAGAGAGAUACUGUACAAAUAUAGAGAAUAGGCUGGUGCCUUUACCCACAGCUCAAAAUUUACUGAACAUCAGAGAUUUUAUAGUAUAGGGAAGCCGUACACUGUAGAGAAUGUGAGAAAGCCUUUCAUCUGUGUUCAAACUUAACAUUUUACAAAGCAUUCUAAAGAGAAACAACAAAAAUAUAAAGUUAUCCAAAGAUUUAAUGAUGCUUUCAUUGAGAAUGAUAAGGUCUUACAAAUUCUGAGGGAUAUGUCAAAGUGUGUAUUCUCAUUUACAUGUCAUAGAACCUCUUGGAAUUAUUACUGGAUCGAAGCCCAGCAGAUAUAAAGAAUGUGACAAAGCUUACUCAGUAUGCAUACCUUACCCAACAUCCGAAUUAAAAUUGGAGAGAAUCAAUACAAAUGUAAACAUUGUCCUAAAGUUUUUAAUCAGCAUCUGUAGCUUAUUGCUCACAUUGGAGUUUAUUCUAGAGGGAAACCUUAAAACUGAAAAAUGUGGGAAAUCAUAUAAUUGAACCUACAGCCCCAGUCUUAUCAGGGAUUAUAAUUGGGUAGAAAUUCCACGUUUUUUUUUAAUAUAGGAGGAAUGACUUUUCUUUAAAAUAUACAGUUUACAAAUCUACAAGGAAUUUAUGCCUUAAAGUGGCUUUUAAGAUGUAAAAGUUUAUCCAAGUAUUUAAUUGAUUAUGAAUUUUAAAGUCUCACUGAAUUCACACUAGAUCAAUAGCCAAAAUGCCUUUCAGGUAUUGCCCUAAAUCAGUACGCACAGUGUACUCCAAACUUUAAAUGUUGUUAGGUAAUGUUUGUAUACUUGAAUAUAUCAAAAGAGUUGAUGUUUCCAUAUGUACAAUUACUUAGAGUGUUAUCUCAUUUAUAUUGAAAUCAUUUGAAGUAUUUUGAAAAGGAAAUGUUAAUGUGAUUCUACUCCCAUACCACUUGAUGCUGGUAUGUUUUAUAUCUGGUGUGUGUCAGUGAAGUCAUGGGGUUGAUUGUUUCUGUCUUAAAGAUCUGUGAGCUGUUGUAUAUUAUAUGCACUUCACUUGUGUACACAUUCCAGUAGAAUAUUGGGUACAUUGUACUGCGCAUUAUUUUCUUCUAUUAGAGAAUAAUACUGUUGAAUAAAUUUUUAAAAA